ACAAGCAUAGAUCAGUGGCCGAGAGCGCAUGUGAUUGACAGAUAAACCACAAGCUCUAUCAGUUAUUGUUGUUCUGGUUAUUUUGUUUCAGUGUACAGUUUGUUAAUAUUGUGCAAAGUAUACAGUCAUAGUAAACUUCCAUCAUUCAGCUGAACUGUGCACAUUUAUUUUAGACACUGCAUGUCUUUAAUUCAUGCGAUAAACGCAUGUCCCUGCUGAGCUGUGGGCUAUGACUAAUUUCACGGGCAAAGCAGACAAAAUUACAAUUUACGUAUCGUCAUUUUUUUUUUUUUUACAAAUAAAGAUUAAUUUUCAAAGUUUGUAAUGAAGGCAUGGAAAUAGUUCAGUAGUUCAGCUUCAUUUUCCCAUCUGUGUUAGAUUUCAUUUUUAUUUCAGUUUACAACAAAUACAUUUGUUUUGGUGACAAUAACAACACUGCAGUCAACUACAAACUGGGAUAAAGGUCUAGCUCCAUUCUGAUAUGGAACAACUUCUUUUCAUGAUGUAAAAAAUACCCAAUGGAUAAAAAAAGUUAUGCCCAAAGAAUAUUUCAAAGAAAUAUAAAAUAUUUUACAAUGUUUGUGAAUAAUCUUUCAUGUUGUUUUUAGUUCUGCAUAUUUUGUUUCUGUGCAGUUUAAAGUGUUAACUUGUUUUCAGGUGGCUCUGAGCCCUUCAUGGCAGGGCAGAUGCCAGGCAGUGGCAUGCAGGAUAUGUAUCCACGUGGACCGCCCUCAGGGAUGGGUAUGGGCCCACGACCCCAGUACCCCUACAACCCUGGUUUUGAGAGGCCAGACCAUGUCAUGGGUCCAGAGGGGGGAAUUGCUCCCCCUGGAAAUCAGAACAACAUGGUGCCUUCCAAUAGUGAUCCCAGCAUGUUCUCAGGCAAUAGAUACGCCUCUCAUCAGAGACAUGGACAUGACGGCUAUGGGCAGCAGUACACUCACAGUAUGCCAUAUGGCGCACAUGGGAUGUAUCCCCAACAGCAGGGUUAUAAGCGGCCUGGGGAAGGGAUGUAUGGCCCUCCUGCUAAGCGCCAUGAGAGUGAAGCCUAUGGUUUGCAGUACGGUGGCCAGCAGCCUGACAUGUAUAGCCAAUAUGGUUACCCAGAGCGCAGACCCAUGCAAAGUCCAUUCCCCUAUCCAUAUGGACGUGAUCGCAUGCAGCCAGGUGGGCAGGGACCUCCUCAGCACAGCAUGAUGAGUGGUGGACCACCCCCAUCCUCCAACUCCAGCGGUGGUCCUCAAGGGAACAUGUGGCACACCAGGCAUGACAUGAGUUACCCUUACCCCAGCCGGCAGGCUCAUGGGGUCCCCUACCCCUCCAUGAGCCGUGGAGAUGAUCCAGAAAUUAGGGCUAGUCAGGACAGUCAGUGGCCUGGUCAGCGUCAAUCCCCCUACCCACCACACUCUUUGUCCUCUUCCAGCUCCAUGCCCCCCAUGGCUAGCCGGCAACCACCUUCUUCCUAUCAAUCUCCUCCAGCGAUGCCAAACCAUAUCUCUCGAGUCCCAAGCCCUGCACCAUUCCCUCGGUCUGUGGGUGGCUCUAUGUCACCCAAUAAGGCUCAUAUGAUGGCCUCUAUGAAACAGAUGCAAAAGCCGGGUGGCCCAGGGUCGAUGCCAAGCUCUCAAAGUAGUGGUCUUCCUGGGCAAGGCUUCCCGACAAUCCAUCAGGAAGUCACUUAUCCACUGGACUCUGUGGAAGCUACACAGCCUCAGCUUAAACCUCGCCGAAGGUUAACAUCUAAAGAAAUUGGCACACCAGAGGCUUGGCGUGUGAUGAUGUCCCUGAAGUCUGGUUUGCUUGCUGAGAGCACAUGGGCCCUGGAUACUAUAAACAUCUUGCUUUAUGAUGACAACACAGUGUCUUCCUUUGGCCUGUCUCAGGUAAGUGUGUAUCAGGCACUAAUUGGCUGUAAGGCUUGGGUUCAGAGGUUAGGAAAUGAAUGUAAAAGUCUUAUUGCUUUUGCAUUUUUUUGGUCGUAUUAAAUAGCAGUUUCUAAGAAGUGAUAGGUGUAUAUACUUUGAUAAUGAAUGUAUUGGGUUUUGUGUCUUUUCCUUUUCAAGAUGCCCGGUUUCUUGGAGCUCAUUGUGGAAUAUUUCAGAAGGUGCUUAAUAGAGAUCUUUGGGAUCCUUGAAGAAUAUGAA